UAGUUGUAACAGUUUUCCUUGUAGUUUUCACAAUAGUUUUUUCAGCUUGAUUUUGAAUUUCAGCUUCGAUUUCCUGGACCAAAAAGGGGGUCCUGGAUUUGGACCUGCUCAAAGUCCUGGAAUUUCUCGGCCUUAGCUCCAUGUUGUUUGUAGGGCUAAAAAGCCUCUUCUGCUUCAAUCCAGCCAGGGGAGAGUUCUCUAAAAUAGAUUCUAUUUUUAAGCCGUUUAUUUUCAUUGCUCGCCUAUUUUAGGUUGAUUUAUUAAUUAGUAAUGUACUAACCUUUGAUUUUUAGUUUGUUGAAGGUCUUGGGGCUCCACUAACAUUUACCUAAUUAAAAUAAUUUGUAUUUAAAUAAAAUAGUAAAAUAAACACAUUUAUUCAUUGGCCUAGAAAAAUCUCAUUCAAUAAACAUCGUUACUACAAAAUGGUGACAUCAUAUUUUUAUUUACAAAGUUGGCAUUUGUAUUGUGACGACAUCUAGCGAAAUAGGUUUGUACUAAUUUUUAUCAACAAAGUUGACAUUUUGAUUGUGGCGACAUCUAGCAAAAUAAACACAAACCUUGUUAAAUUCAAAUUUUGAAUUUGGCACUAACAGAUCAAAUUUUUGAAAAAAAAAAAAUUACUGUUUGGAAAUAAUGUCGAAAUGCGAGCAUUUAAUUCCCGAAGAAAAUCUACAAAGCAUCCAAAACGAACUAAUAUGGGGCCUCGCCUAUAGAAACUAUAAAGAAAACGCCAAAAAACAACCCAUUGCCCCUGUUAAAUCACCCCUUGAUGUCCCAUUUGAAAUAUGCCGAGCCAAACUGAGACUGGAACAAACCCGAAAACCAACUAUUGUAGACGUUGAGGAAAUAAAAACAGAAAAAGCGAAAAAAAACAUUCAAAAACCUCAAAAACCCACUUUACUUGACCGAAAUGUUUGGUCGCAAAACGAAUACAUGGACUUUUUGUCCAUACCGAAUCAAAAAUUCGACGAAAAACCCAAAACUAGAAAGUACAAGAAAGUUUGCAUGCUGGAACCUUGUUCGCCAAGAUUCAUACAACUUGCUAUACCAAAUAAACGAAGAGUUUACGCUAAUUGGAAAGAUUAUGCCAACAUUUUGCCAACAGAGAUGUUGAUGCGAUACGAGGAAAUUUUGCAUACAGAUCAGAAUUUGGAUCCCAAAGAGGCGCGUUAUUAUUACAAGAAACUAGACAGACAAAACCGCAAAGAAAAAAUGAAAAAGAAGCGCGCAGCAAAACUCAAACAACAAGCCAAACAAAAAGAUUGCGGCUGGCUCAAAGACCUAACCGAACUCCUUGCCGGCGACAUCACGAACUACAUCCAAGACGAGCCCUUAUUGGCCCUCAACUACAAACAGAUGCUUCUAUCCGAUGGAAUCCUGGACCGGCUGGAACAAACCAAAAAGCUAAAGAAACCCAGCCGCAAAACGAAGAACCACUACAAAAAAACCAUCAUUGAAGUUUCUGAUAAAAUGGCUGUUUGGAUUGAUACUUUGACCAAAUUCGUAGAUGUCCAAGCUAUUGAUUCCGUUGAUGAUAUUCCUCCAGUUUCGAUUUCUUCCUUAGGAGAAGGCGAAGCUAGUGAAGAAGGCGAAUCUUAUGAGUCUACAACCGAUGAAGAAGAAAAAAGUGGUUGGUUUGGUAAGGGAGGCGAAGGCGAACAAGAUGAAUUCAAUGCUGAUGACGAUGAUGAGUGGUUUGAAAAGGUUGAAGGCGAAGAAGGUUUGGGUUAUGAUGAUUUAGCCCAAGAAAUACUAAAACCUGGUCAAGGUGAAGGCCUGGCUGAUUUAGAAGAGACUUUGUCUGGAUUAAAUGGAGAUAUUUUGGAACAACUUAUACAAAUAUUGAGCAAGUGUUCAGAUGAAUUUUUGGAUAGUUUCAUUGAGGAAGCUCAAUUGCCUGAUGUCACUUAUAGAGAUGUGCUUGAUAGGCUUAAAGAAUUAAAGAAAAAAUUGUAUCCAACUGAACAUGAAAAGUUCUUCCUGGAACAAAUAAUGAUCGAUUGGGCAAUGCAAAAUGAUCCAGAAAACGUCAAUGAUAAGGUUUUAAUGAAAAUCCACGAAGUGUCCGCUAUUUUGGAAGGCAUGCUGGGUAAAAAGGCUGAUGCAGGAGAACAAAGCGAACUUGAGGGCGGUGAAGGCGAAGAUGGGGAAGAAAAGCCUGAUGAUGGUGAAGGUCCAGAGAAAGGCGAUGAUACGCUUGAAGGAACCGAACAAGAUACAACUGCAGAAACUGAAGAAGAAUUUGUUGAUGACGACAAAAAAGAUGAGGAAGGUGUUGGAGAAGAGGGCAAAGAAGGCGAAGAAGGAGAAGAAGGCAAAGAAGGAGAAGAGGGCAAAGAAGGCGAAGAAGGAAAAGAAGGCGAAGAAGGAAAAGAAGGCGAAGAAGGAGAAGAAGGAAUAGAAGGAGAAGGAAUAGAAUGGGAAGAAGGAGAAGAAGGAAUGUUAGAUCAAGCAAUAGCAGAUGAAGAUAAAGAAUUUUUAGAAUUCCCAGAGGGCGGGGAGUCAUCCGCAAUAGAUCAAGAUGAUAAAGACAAAGACGAACUUACUGAUGCCGAUGAAAUAGAAGAAGGCGUACAAGACCUCGAUGAAGAAGAAAAAAAAGCAACUGAAGGAGGAAUAAGCGGUGCGCAACCGAGAUCGCUAAAGUCGCUACCUCAUAUGCCUGCUGGAUCAGGAGCCGUACUAAGGUCAAGACAAAUACUAAAAACUGAUAGUACUAAAUUUCCAAAAGAAUCAACUCUUACUGGUAAAAUAAUCAAAGGCCACAAACCACCGAAAGUAUCCGAACACAGUCCGGACACAGUUUGCUGUUUGUCCCUAAAAACCUGGGCCGUAUGGCUUCUGGAAAUCACCCAAAACGCUCACAAUUGGACCCAAUGGAUGAGCUGCGUAAUUCAAAAAAUCAGAGAGUUUGCCUCGAUAGUUCGUGGCGACAUAAAAGAAUCAGAUGGCAAAGUCAAAGUUUUAAAGAAAUCUGAAUGGAGGAAGUUUACUAGGGAAACUGAAGAAUCUAUAGUGGCUUGGCGUCAGUACAGUGCGCACGUCAAGGAUCUAUCUCAGACGAUUUUGGACAGUUUCCAUGGCAAAAAUGUCAAUUGCUGUCCGAAAUGUUUGCAAGAUCACUUGAUUACUGAUGUAGUUUUCGCCCACAAUACCCUACAAGCUUUAACUGAGGCAAUCAAUUGCGCAACUUACUGGCAACGUUGUUUGGACAGUUUGGUGGACAAAGCUUGCCAAUUGGUUACCGUUCCAGAACAUGCUUCUACUGAUCCAGAUUCAGCUCAGAAGUCUAGUUCUUCGGAAUCAGAACCAGAUGAAGCCGUUCUAGAAGAUGUGGCUGACAUUUCAAUAGGAACAGGAAGCGGCGCGUCUGAUAUCUACGAAAUUGAAGGCCUCUAUUCGAGUACCAAAGGAAGUUUGGUUUCAGCUGACUAAUAAAGCUUUAUUAUUUUUUA